GUAGACUUGGAUGACAGCAGCAGUGAUGAUGAUGAUGGCACAGAACAGCGAACGGCAGCGGCUGCCAUAGCGCUUCAUAUGGCUACUGUUGGCGGUGCCAUGGCCCUGGCCAGAGUGGCACGUCUCCGCCGAUGCUGGCAGGUACCUGCAUCGCACGACUUGUGGGACAACUUUGUCUCAACCAUAUGGUCUGACGAGCAAUGGAGGCAUUUCUUCCGAAUGCCCCGUGCCCUCUUCCACAGGCUAGUGGGCAUCCUGCGCCCAGAACUGGAGAAGGCAGACACAGUGAUGAGGAAAGCCAUCCCGGUGGAGAAGAGAGUGGCCAUUGGUGUCUUUUCAAUGGCACACAAAUCCACCUAUAUUGUGACGGCGGCGCUGUUUGGGACUGGCGUUGCCACCGUGGGGGAGAUCGUGGUGGAGUUUGCCCUGGCCAUGGAGAAGCUGCUGCUGUCAAGGACCGUAUACCUGGGGAACGCACGUGAGAUUAUGGAUGCCUUUGGUCGGCGCGGCUUCCCACAAGUGGUUGGCCUCAUGGACGGGUGCCACUGCCUGAUCAUACCACCCUUGGGGCUGAGGAAUGCCUAUGUCAACAGAAGGGGCUCCUAUUCUGUCAUCCUGCAAGGGACAUGUGACCACACAGGAAGAUUCGUGGACGUGGAGCUCGGGUGGCAUGGGUCAGCGCACGAUGCCAGGGUGGCACGGAAUUCUCUCAUCUACGAGGCCAUGGAGGCUGGCAUCUAUGUGCCAGGGAACCCCAGCAUCAACAUCAGAGGCCAGCAGAUCGGACCCCUGAUACUGGCUGACUGUGCCUACCCCAUUCGGAAAUGGCUCAUGACACCAUUUAAGACCCCCCCCACACUCCUAGACAGAAGAUCUUCAACAAGAAGUUGAAUCGCGUGAGGGGCGCCGUGGAGAGGUCGUUUGGGAGAUUGAAGGCGAGAUGGCGCUGUCUCACUGCCCCACUCCUGGUGGUUGAGGAGAACGUGGUGCCCAUCCUGGUAUCAUGUGUCAUUCUGCACAACAUCUGUGAGACCAAGGGCAGGGUCCUGGACGAGGGCAUGCGAUAUAGGCGCCGUUUUGUGCUGCCCGCCCCAGCACCAAUCACAGAGGCUGAAGAGAAACAGAAGAAGAAAGACGGGGAGACUGUGAGGAAUGCCCUGGCAGAUUUUUUCCUGACAAGGAGAAUCUGAAGGAUGGCUCCUGUGCCAUCAUCUGUGAUGUCAGAGUGCAUUGUU